AUGCGGACUUUGGUGUCCGCCACGGCGUGUCUUGCCUUGACGGCGGAGGCCAAGGAUUGGGCAACUGACCUGAAGCGAGCACGUCAAUGGACUCCAAGGGCGGAGUACCGUGGUUAUGGAACGCUGGCAUCGGCAAACGCCAAGCUAAACAAGCAUUUGGCAGGAAAGAAGGGUAUCAAGCUGAAGGCGUGCGAAGAGUUUGACACCCAGGGCGUUCGUGAUGUGCUCAGCGAUCUCUUCCCCCGCGUCUCCGUGGAGCUCAAGGCCAUUUACUCAGAAAAAGACGGCCGCGCCGGAAAGUAUGACACACUGGAGCACAUGCAGUCGCAUUGGCACCAUGCCCCAGCUGACGACUUGCGUGUUCGUGACGCUCACUGCCACGAGGCCGUCAUGUGGUUUGUGCACCAUUUGUCGUCAGAGGAGCAAGAGAGAGUCAUGAGCGUGACAACUCUGCCAAUGCUUCCGCUUAGCGAUCACAAAGUCGAGGGCAAGCGCGCCGAUGACGACCACGCGGGCAAGUUUUACGAUGAGAAAAUCACAUGCCAGAAUUGUCACAUUGGUGGUGUUCCUUCUCUUGGACUGCCUGAAGUGAAGCCGACUACUGCCAAGCAGCUCGCCCGACGCUGCUACACCAACUACAAGGAGCUAUUCGGUAUCGAGUGCGGCCCAUGCGAUGGCGUGGCAGGUCCCUAUUCGGGUGAUGAUGACGAUAAGUUCUUCACUCCCACAGAGUGUCACGUCGUUGGAAAGCCAGAGGAUAUCCCCGAGAAUCAGCGCGUCAAGGCGAAGCUGCCUGAGCAGUUCACUGUCGAUGUGGUGGGCGGCUCAGACCGCUUUGGCAGGACCACGAACCCUAUCCACGACCAGUUGCCCGGCCCUAUCGCCAAGAUCUAUGGUCAGAUCUCUGGCAAAUGGUUCAUGGAUGCCAAGGCUGAUUCUGACUUGUGGCUUCUCCGUCACGACACGACUUACGCCAGUGUCACGGAGGAUGGUGUGCCAAUUCCGUUCAUCGAGCCGUCCGUAUCCGAGAUCCACGCGCAGACUGCAAAGCAGAGGUCUCAGAAUUGCACUGGCCCGAUGGUCUCUUUGAUCCAUGGUAUGCCCAGCUUCAUCCCAGGAGGCUGCACUUGCAUGCCAGAUCCAGUGGGUGUGCCGGACACUCAGGCCUACGGCGUCGCGAAGGGUAUGGCAGGGAUGCAGUACAUGGGGCGCAUCAGGCUCCCGCAGCUUGAGUACCUGAAUGUUCCGAUUGAGCUGGAUCAUUGGGCCAGCUGGUUCUUCCACAUCUUUAUGGACACCAACACCAGCGUGCCGCACUAUGCCAAAGCCCCCUCCCGCUUGGCCUCGGCCUACGCUGGAACGGCGGUGUACGCGAACUGGGUCAUGGAGGACCCGAAGAUCAAGGAUCCCGAAGUGUGGACACGUGGCAUCCCCACCAGCCCCGAGCGGGUUGGCCCGAGCGCAGGGAAGUUCUGCAUGGAUACCAAGAAAGCUUUCAUCUGCUCCAACAUCUCCCAGGCAACGUUCCCGCCCGCGCCCGAGGCCGCCGCGGCGGCGGGCCAGGACCCGACCUGCAGCUCGGGGCACGAGGCAGAGGACAAGCAGAUGAGGGCGCCCUACUUCCCCGCGGCGCACGGAGUGCUGGACGCCAUCGCCAAGGCGAAGGGGCAACUGAUGGCGCAGGCGGAGGGGCUGCUCGUCUGA